AUGGAAAAAGGGGAAGUUUUAAGUAAAGAAAGAACGAGCAAGUGCCUUAAAAACAACAGCAUGAUCUUGUACGUUGUUUGCCAAAGUCAACAUGGGUUCCUAGAAUCUUGUCUUGUCGGAAAGCAAACGUCGUCGUUGGUUUUUCUUCUCUCUAGUCUCUUAAAACGACGCCGCUCUCUGUCUCUGUCCCUCGGUUUGUUUCUAUUGAAUUGUUUUCAAAUAAAUGUCAACGGAGGGGUAUCUUUGGUUUCUUCACAGAACGGCCUAAAUUCACACGCGCAGUUGGUAUUUUCUGACGAUACCUUGCGUUUCAAUUGCGGACCUCACCGUGUUGGGGAUCCGGGACCCAAGACGACCCGGGAACUAUCCGCUUUCAUCGACGGUAACAAGAUGUUCUUGGGUUUCUCAUCUCAGGGUGGAGGUGAUUCAUUUCGUCGAACCAGCAUCUAUGGCGAGAGUCCGGAUCACCGCCGCCAGGAAAUCCCUUCUGACACCCGAAAUUGGGCGUCUUCAGGCAAUGGCUCGGCAACCACCCCCAGCGGUGACGAAUCAGAAGACGAUGAAGAUGAUGAGGAAGCUGACUUGGACGCCGAUCACGAGAUCAACGGGAUUGUUGCCACAGUCGAUGAUAGAAUGAAAAACAACACCGCCCCAAGCUCUACUGGUGCGAAUAACAACACAAAUAAGUAUAGCAGCUUCAGUGAUAAAAUUGGAAAUGAAAAGGCUCACCUUUCUUCUUUUGGGUCGAGUAGGGAGUUGGUGAUGAUGAAGGACUCUCAAAAUAUGAGUAAUGCAGUCCAAGGUCAGCAACAACAAGGAAGGAUGGUGGGAGUUGGCACUUACCAGAAUGCAGUUACAGUUUUGGAGCAGGAUGGUGGUGAUGUGUACUACUCUCGGUAUUUACAAGGGACGGAGGUGGGUUCUGGAGGCAGAGGCUGUGUUGGUGGUGGGCAAAAGAAUGUUGGUGUGGGGGAAAUUGGGUGCGGGCUCAGUGGGAGGAAGGAAGGUUCAUUUUCGAGCGAGUCAGGGGAGAAUUUAAGAACUAUUUUAUCAGACCCUGUCACUGGAACUCUGAUGGAUGAUGCCAUGAUAUUGCCUUGUGGACAUUCUUUUGGAAGUGGUGGAAUACAGCACAUUAUUAGAACGAAAGCUUGCUGCACUUGCUCACAGCCAGUUUCAGAAGACUCAUUAUCUCCUAAUCUCUCUCUUCGAGCUGUUGUUCUAGCUUUUCGUCGUGAAGAAGAGUUACAAUUUUACCGCUCACCUAAACGGCGAAAAGAGAGGUGUGACCAGGAUAAGGGUGGCGAUUCAGGUCCCAUGGAUCCUCCACGGGGCAGAGGAGUUCAGUUUCCAUUUGCUGUGACAGAUCGGGUGAUCAUAAAGGGGAACAAGAGGAUCCCUCAGCGGUUUGUUGGACGUGAGGCCAUUGUGACAACACAAUGUUUAAAUGGAUGGUAUGUAGUGAAGACAUUGGACAAUGCAGAAAGUGUAAAAUUGCAGUAUCGCUCAUUGGCAAAGGUUCUAACCAAUCCGUCCUCGAAGGCAAUAUCAAAUGAGAUGGCACCAAACUGGCUUGAAACUUGUGCAAGAUAAAAAGGACCAGACAACCAGUGAUACAGCAAUGCCGAUAUGCUUCAUUUCUGGCAAGCCGCAAGCAACCUUACAUAGUGGCUCAAAAGGGUUCUUCUUUGUACACUUCCUACUCUCUUCUUACAAGAAAACAUCCUGAUUUUCAGACAAUGUAAAUUAUAGAAGCCGCGGCAAUGUCAUAUGAGUAAGCCUAAAAUGAUAUCUGGAAUAUAAGCAAUAUGCAGUUGCAUUUGUUUUGAUUUUCUGAACAGUUUUGCUGUAGAAAUAUCAAUGUAAUGUAAACGAUCAAUUCAGGUGC